AGGGGGCCGACCCGCCCCGCUCGCGGCGGGCUUCUUGGCGCACAAAGCCUCCUGGGAAUUGUAGUCCCGGCAGGGAGAUGGCGGCGCCUGCCAUUCCAGAACAUCCCCAGCCACAGAGGAGGGAGGAGAAUGGCUGCGAGAACAGCCCCAGCCCGGGGGACUCGGGCGAGGAAAAGGCCAGCUCGCCAUACCUCCACGCCCGCUGCAAGCUGGAGAACCUCCUCAACAAGAGCAUGCGCAUCCGGAUGACAGACGGGCGGACCCUCGUGGGCUGCUUCUUGUGUACCGACCGAGACUGCAACGUGAUCCUGGGCUCUGCCCAAGAGUACCUCAAGCCCACUGACUCCUUCUCCGCAGGAGAACCUCGGGUCUUGGGGCUGGCGAUGGUCCCAGGACAUCACAUCGUCUCCAUAGAGGUGGAGCUGGAGAGCUUGGCCUCCUUGCAGUACCUCUGAUCUGUCACCAGAGGGCGCAGCAGGGCUCAACCCUUGAGAAAUGCACUUUGCCGACCCUGGAGACAGACAGCCUCCCGACUCUGACUCUGCCUCGCUCGGGAGCAGCUGAGGAGCAAAAGCUUGAAGGCUGGACAGGACUGGUGCACACUGGGAGGUGGGUCAUGGGUGCAUGUGCACGCGCACACACCCACCUCCGAGACUUGGGAUAUGGUUGACCCGUAAAGGUGUUUAGGUUUGCGAGACGUCGUAUUAAACAUAGACAAAUUCUGA